CCAAGUGUACCUUGGGUCACGCUUUACACCUCGACCAGAACAGCAGCUCAAAGGUGGUGUUCCCUCUCCUACUUAAGGCCUAUGGCUUGUGGAUCAGCCAGUCCGGUACUUCGCUGGGACACGUACUUAAUACGCACGGAACACUUCUUUCAGUGCCGACAAUGCUUUUCUUCAAGCUGUGGGCGUUAAUGCCCCUGGCCCUGCUGAUCGUGAUCGGCGGGCCACCCCAUGCGAACGGCGAGCCUCAACUUGGAUCAGCCGUCAGCCCGUUGGCGAGCAUCGUCAACCCCGUCAGGGGAAUCUUGGACCCGGUCGUGGGCGUCCUGAGCCCCGUGGUGGAGGUGGUUACUGGAUUGGCUCCCAUCCCUGGCGCCCUGCUCGGUGCCGUGGCGCCCCACACGGAUGUGCUCAACCCGCUGCUUCAGUCCGCACUGCUGCAGAACAACAUCACGCAGUUCUCCUCGGACAUCGUGACAAGCCUCACGGCCGUGGUGGGCCUGGUGGCCAACGCCCUGCUGCCUGUGCCUCCAUACCUCAGGCCGGACCAGGAAGCGCCGAAAUUCGGCUUCGUCGGAGAGGCCUACAACGUGACGACUUCCGACGGCUACAUCCUUGGAGUGUUCCGAGUUCGUAGCGGAACGUGCCGCUCGUAUCGUUCUGUGGUUAUUAUCCCGCCAGGUGUCCUGUCCAAUGCGGCUUCCUUCAUCUUUUUGAAGGAAAAUAGCCUCGUGUACCGUCUUGCGCGAGAAUGCAACGAUGUUUGGCUAUUGACGUUCCGUGGUUAUAUAUUUGGACGUGGACACACUCGUCUCAGCGACACAAGCUCUGAAUUCUGGGAUUAUUAUCAAUACCACUGGGGCGUCUAUGACCUGCCGGCCCAGAUAGAGUUCGUCUACCGGAAGACUAACAGCACCAGGAUGCGCUACUUCGGCGUGGACCAGUCCGGCACCGCCCUGCUCUUCAUGAACCACGUGCACGGACAGCGAUACCAGAGGUUCCUGGCCGCCACAUAUCUUUUCGCCCCCAUUGGCUACCUUGGACGUCUCAAGUCCGUGGUCUUCGCUACACUCGCCGUUCUCCGUGACGGCCUGACGGCCGCCGGAGCACUGGUGCUGCACAACGAAGUUGCCUUCAUGAACCCGACGAUACACUCGGUGCUGUACAACUUGUGCGGCCGAAUCAGCCCUAUCACGUGUUACUACAUAUUCCAGAUCCUUGCAGGAAACAGCAGAGAGAUCAAUUACCCACUGUUCCCUUAUAUGUUUGCGAACUUACUGGACAGUAUAUCGGUAACUACGAUCAAUUAUUAUCUUCAACAGGUUGGCAAGAUUAAUUACAUGGCGUAUUUCGACUACGGCCCGGCUGAAAACCUGAGGCGAUACAACCGAACCACCCCUGAAAACGUCAACAUAGCUGCAACCACAGUGCCAUGCAACUUCUACGCCCUCGGCAGCGACUCUGUAACCGUCCCAGAGGACGUCCUCGCCACGUAUCGCGCCCUGGCCCCGUCUGCCCGGGCGUCCUUCCAGGUGCUGGACAAGUACAGUGGCGUGAGCGGUUUGUUCGCGGUCGACACGGAGGGCAUUUAUGGCCCAGCGAUCCGCCGGCUGAACGCCGACCUGGCGAGCGGCGCGUGAACGCCUCAACGACGACUUCUUUUCUCUUCAAGAAAUCCUGCUAGUUAAUCGUACGGCGCUGCGCUGUUAAUAUGCUAUGGGGCACUAGACACGAUUCGAAUAAAUUGAAAUACCCUCCACA